UAAGUAAAAAUACAAAAUAAAAAAAUGGAAUGAUAUUAUAAUAUCAAAAAUUGCUGUUUCAAUCAACGAACUAAGGAAUAUGAAAGGCCGAAAUUAAAGCGGGAACGAUUUUCAUUUUAUAAAAACAAUAGCCCUCUAGUGGAACUUAGAAGAAUCUUCAUACUGUGACGAAAGAGACAGCAAUAGAAAAGUAGAAAAACGUCUAGUGGAAGGACGUAUGAUCGUUUAUAAUUAUGUGAAGUUUAAAUUCGUGAAUGUAAUAUUUGUUCCGCCUAAUACACGGACGGAUUAGAACGAAAUUGCUACGUGAAAGUGUUACAUAUUCGAGUAUAUCUUAUUGUGUUGUGGACUGGUUAUUGUAUAGGUUAUAAUAAUACAUAGGCAUGUAAAAUGUCAUAGAUAUAACAAUUGUAAAAGAAGAGUGGCUAAUAAAUUAUUCUCCUGUUAUUUCCAAUAAAUUUUCAAAAGACGAACGAAUAUCCCGAUUUGUUGGUAAAAGCGCGAAUUUAGAACAUUCAGUUUUCGCAAACACAUUCUGCCCUCUACCGAUCUAGACGAGUACCUUAAUACGAUGUUUUAAGUAUCGCGCGAAAUGUUUGUUCCAAAUUAUUUUGAUUUUCGAUCAUUUAACAAAGUAUUGAGAGGCUGCAUCUAUAUAUAUAUGAGUAUAUAUAUAUAUGUCAUUCAGUGUGAUGUGAAUUUUCCUGUGAUACGAUUAAUCCGAAAUUUUUAAUUGCGGAUUUUCGAAUGAGAAAGAAUAGGUAAUCGAAGACGGAAAUAAGACAGCCGAAGAUAAUUAGAUAAGUUUCGAUGACUAACUACUGGUGGCUAAGGUGGAUAUUGCAGCGAAGAUAAGAUCUUUGCGAAUCGUGCAACUCUUUAAUUGCAGAAGUAAUUACUGCAUACCAUUCAGUGCAAUAACGAUGACGACCUUAGACUCACAGACCGAUAAAACUUUAAGCAAUCUUGAUAAGCUUUCUAACACGGAGCUAGCUGAAAUUCCAUCCGAUCAUGGACUUCCUGUUGGAAUAAGCCCGUUGGAAUCUCGGGUAGCCGGACAUCCGUCGUUAGACAUCGAACGGCAGACGAUUGGCAUGUUACGUAGAUCAGACGGCCGUGUAUAUAAACCUGUUGUUAAACCGUUACUUGGGAAAAGAGAAAUCUCGUUUUAUGAAAAUUUACAAAUAUCUCAAGAUCCUGUUAUGUUACAAUUGAAAAAUUAUGUUCCAAGAUAUUACGGCACAACAGAGUUGCAAAUUUUUGGCAGACGAGUAACAUUCCUUACGCUGAAAGAUAUUACCGAUGGUAUGGCGGAACCGUGCGUGAUGGAUAUAAAAAUAGGUAGACGAACGUGGGACCCUUUAGCCACGCCAGAGAAAAAAGCAACGGAAGAAUUAAAAUACGCCGAAUCUAAACGCACUUAUGGAUUCUGUAUAACCGGCUUUCAAGUAUAUUGUGUUUCUUCCGGGCAAUUAAAACAAUUUGGCAAACAUUACGGCAAGACUCUCGAUGCUAAAGGUGUCGUGGAAGCGCUGAAAAUCUUCCUGAAUAUAAGUCCAGAAAGACCGCCCUGUCGUCAAUUGAUCGUGAUGCUGCUCUCUUUCUUGUGGAAGAUCUUACUAUUCUUUCGUAUCCAGCGGUUGUUCCGCUUUUAUUCUAGUUCUUUGUUGGUGGCAUAUGACGCGAAAAGAUUGCGGCAUUAUCUCCGCCUAAAUAACAUGAAUAAAUUACCCAGCCACGUAUCCACGUCAUUUUCCUCCACAAAUAACCAUACAACUACAUCGAAUGUGUUCAAACACAUGAAUGACGCGACAAGUAAUUCAGUUUCGAAUAAUAUCGAGACUAAUAGGAAUCGGACGAUGGAAAGGGUACAUUUUAUUAAAAGGAGCAUCAGCUUGAGCGGCGAGUACGAUUCAUCAGGAAAGGAGAAAGCUCUGAGCAGAAGCGAAUCGUGUAGUCCGGACUUUAGAGUUGAUCGGCUCUGUCGUACGCAUUCUUAUGUCAACAACUUUGAUGACGACAUUAUAAGAAUCAAGGAGGACUACGAUGAUUUAUUGAACGAGCUCACUAGUUCCAUGGAAGAGAAACAAAAUUGGGUUAGAAUUAAUAUGAUUGACUUUACGCAUGUCUUCCCAGCAGAGGAUCAAAAUACUCUGGAUUUAAAUUAUUUAGAAGGAAUCGAGAACUUGAUCAAACUUGUGGAGAUGUUCCUGAUCUCUAAGGAUAUCACUGCAUGAACUAUAUGUAUUUAUUGCAACGUAGGAAGUUGUUGUUACAAAUUUUCUUUUAAAUCGCAAUACGAGAUGUUAUAUAAUUGUAUUUUAUAUUCUUUAAUAAAAUUAGAUUGAUUUUUGACGUUAGGUCAGUGAUAAACCGAAAGUUGUAAACUCGUGAUAAUGCCAUGCACAUUUACCGUGUGAAUUAAAGUGCGAGAUUAGGAACGUUUCGUGAAAGCUUAUCAAUUCUUAUGCAACAGUCCUAAACGAACAGUAAAAAUCAAUUUAUCGAUAUAUAUAUAUAUAUAUAUAUAAAGCUUUCACGAAAUGUGUCUUAUGUAUCCGUAAUUGGAUAUAAUAUGGAAACAUUGAAAACUGAAUGUUAAUUAUUUCGCACCAAAUAUAACAACAUUUAUAAUGCUCUCAUUUUUCGGUGUACCUUCACUUGUCGAUAUUCCACGUUAUUAAAGACCAUUAUUCGUUGGUUUUACAUACAUGGUCGUACAUAUAUGUAUAUUCGUCAUUCACGCAACGAUUGUUGUAGUCAUUGAUUGUUCGUAUUAAUUCGUAUCAUUUCUUUUCUUAUGUUCUUAUCACGCAAAUAAGAUUCUAUAACCAUACUUACUAAACACAAAAAUUGUUAUGUUAAUAUAAAUACAAAACAUACAAGUGUUAAUGUAACGUUUGAAUGUUUUUCUUUUUACCCUUUGAAUAAACUCACAA